CCUUGAGUUUCAGCUCCCGCAUCUGACAGCCUUUACGCCCAUGGCAGAAACCCAAAGUACAACUUUGUCGCCUACUGACGUCCAGAGUGUGGAAAUCCAGGAUACAGACACCCAGACGCACAUCUCCAGUUCAAAUGUCUCAAAUGACCCUAUUAAGCUUGACAUAGAACAUGCAGUAGUUGAAGAUGACCCUCGAAUGUGGCCAAACGCCAAGAAGAACGCUAUAUUGAUCAUCAUAUCUGGAGCAUCGAUGAUUGCGGGUUUGUGCGCGAAUAUACAAAAUCCCGCCAAUGCUCAAAUUGAGCAGCAACUACGUACCAGCAGCGGGGACAUCAGCCUGAGUUUGUCUCUUUUCAUUCUCAUUCAAGGCAAUUUUCCUGUUAUUUGGAGCGCAAUUAGCGAGAUAAAAGGCCGCAAGCUGGUGUACCUUUUCUCCGUAGCAUUGUUUACACUCGGAUCUGCAAUCGUAGCCGUAUCCAAAACCAUUGGUUUGGUGAUCGGCAUGCGUAUUCUGCAAGGCGCAGGUUCAAGCGCGGUUAUCGCUAUCGGAGCUGCCACUCUGGCCGACAUAUACGAACCACAUCAACGAGGAACAAUGAUGGGUGUCUUCUAUUCUGCACCUCUCCUCGGUCCCUCAUUGGGGCCAAUCAUUGGUGGCGCACUCACACAGGGCCUCGGGUGGCGGGCGGUUUUCUGGUUCCUAGUCAUCUGGGGAGGUAUAAUUUUCUCGGCAUUCCUUUUCUUGUUCAAGGACACCUUCCGGAAGGAGAGGAGUGUGACAUACCAGAAUGUAUUGAAGAGGAGGCUCCGAGAGCAACAGUUGUCAGAAGCGAUGGACGAGUCGCGAAAGAUUUCAGAGAAGGAAUCACAAGUGAAUGGAGAAAACCAGACGAGUUCGAAGGACAUUGAAGCACACCCUACAGUCAUACCAGCAUCAGCCAUCAGAGAAGUAAAGCUCUCCAUUUCUGAUGUCAACCCUUUCCCUCCGUACCUAUCGAUUAUCAGCCGCAAGAACAACUUUGCUAUCUUGAUAGCAUCAGGUUUAAUUUUUGCAUUCAGCUUUAGCAUUGCAUAUACAUGCGCAAGAACAUUGUCGAUGUAUUAUAAUUACGAUGCUCUGAAGACCGGCCUUGUUUUGCUUGCCUAUGGUGUUGGCUGUGUAGCCGGCAGCAUAUUGGGUGGACGUUGGUCCGAUCGGACACUUGCUCGGUUAAAGGCCGCGAAUGGAGGAAUUAGCUUUCCAGAGAUGCGCCUCGAGAGUACGAAAGUCGCCAUGGUGUGGCUACCUCUUUCCGUGAUCGGAUACGCCUGGGUGUGCCAAGAACGGGUCAACGUCGCCGCUGUGUGUGUGAUGCUGUUUCUCGCUGGAUUUUUAUCCAUAUGGAUCUACACGAGCACAUUGGCAUAUAUUGUCGAUGCAAACACUGGUCGCUCAUCAACGGCAGUAGCGACCAACAGUUCUUUCCGUGGUCUGUUUGCUUUUGUCGCUGCCGAGAUUGCUGUUCCUCUACAAGAUAGCAUUGGCGACGGUGGUUUGUAUACUCUCUGGGCUGGACUGAUGGUCGUGACUGAAUGCAUUAUUUUACUGGUGCUGUACAAAGGUAGGAAGUGGAGAGAAGCCAGUGCUGAGCGGGAGAAGCAGAAUGCCAAGUAAACGAUCAUCAUGGCUUCCGAUCGAUCAUAGAUGAAGGAUAGAUAAUACUAGAUUGCCAGAAGCAUGUACAGUAUCAGUACAGAAUCGCGAGGCUUAUUCGCCGUC